AUGAGUGUCAACAUACCUUCAACCGUUACCCUAGGCGACCUUCAUCUGCCCCGCAUCCUUUGUCUUCACGGCGGGGGUGUCAACGCUGAAGCUUUCCGCCUUCAAUGCCGGGGUCUAUUUCGAGCUCUCAACGGCACAUUCAGACUCGUGUUUCCUGACGCGCCCUAUCUAUCGCCCGCCGAUCCCGGUGUUUUACCCACCUACGCUCAUCUACAGCCAUUUCGCCGUUGGCUACGAUGGAGACCUGAGCAACCUAAUCCUGGACCAGACGUCAUCUGUGAUGACCUUGACAUGAUUCUGAGAGAAGCAAUGGAUGGCGAUGACGCCCUUGGUGCCACUGGUGAAUGGGUCGCUAUCAUGGGGUUUAGUCAAGGCGCCAAACUUGCUGCUAGUUUACUCCUCCGUCAACAGCUUCGAGCGGAGAAGCUGGGCAAGGCUAACGCCGGCUCGGAUUUCAAGUUUGCCAUCCUUUUGGCCGGUCGUGCUCCUUUGGUUGCGCUGGAUCCGUUGCUUACGGACUCGCUCGCAUUGGCUGAUGCUGAUGAGUUGACUACUGGGGCCUUUGCUCAAGUCACUGGUUCAUUUCUUCAAGGAUCAGAUCAUGUUCUGACACUUCCUACUCUGCAUGUUCAUGGAUUGAAAGACCCAGGCAUUGUUAACCAUCGUCGACUUUUGAAAGACUUUUGUAAGGCAGGGACAACUCGACUGGUGGAGUGGGAUGGUGAUCAUCGUGUGGUACUCCGGGCUGCAGAUGUUGCGGUUGUUUCGAACGAGAUUCUGAUGAUGAGCAAGCAAACGGGUGCCAUACCUUAG